AUGACGAUUACUGUUUAUGGUUCGUAUAGAUCGACAUGUACCAAACGUGUUUUGACAACACUGCACGAAAAAGGUCUGAAGUUCGAAUUUCAACCGAUUGAUUUAAGUAAGGGUGAACAAAAGGAUCCGAAAUAUCUGGAAGAGAAACAACCAUUUGGUGUUAUUCCGGUGCUUGUCGACGAUGGCUUUCAAAUCUAUGAAUCGCGAGCCAUUUGCCGCUAUCUGGAAUUAAAAUACAAGGACAAGGGCACUGAACUGGUCCCAACGAAUAUCAAUGCAUUAGGGCUGUUCGAACAAGCUGCAUCUAUUGAAUCAGCCAACUUUGAUCCAUAUGCCAGUGGCAUAGUAUUCGAGAAGGUCUUUAAAAAGCGAAAGGGCUUAGGAGAACCUGAUGAGGCCAAAGUAGCUUCACUAAAAGAACAAUUGAACGCCAAAAUGGAUGUGUACGAUACGAUAUUGUCCAAACAGUCGUACCUUGGUGGACAAGUAUUUACUUUGGCUGAUCUAUUUCAUUUACCAUACGGGACGCUUCUUGUAGCAUGUGGUGAAGGCAGCUUCUUUGAAUCGCGACCUAACGUGAAAGCGUGGUGGAAUAGAAUUACUUCACGCCCAUCGUGGAUAGCUGUCAAAGAUUUAGAAUAA